GAAAAGGGCGAUUUUGUCAAAGCAACGGCGCCAAAGUCUGUGCAACUGUAAUCUCUUCUCUUUGCUCCCACACCGCAAUCUCGAGUCAGGCAGAUUUUUAGAAUGUCUGCUGCUCAAACCAGAAAUGCUGGAAUAUCAUUUGAUUCCCUGACAAUAAACCCUCCUUUGCACCCUACCUAUGGAUUUAGAGGGCACCAUCAAGCUGGCUCUUGCUGAAGAUUCUGGGGAUCGAGCGGACGUGACAUGUAUGGCCACCAUUCCAUUUGAAAUGGAAGUGGAAGCUCAUUUCCUGGCGAAGGAGGAUGGAAUUGUUGCUGGCACCGCAAUUGCAGAGGUGGUGUUUCUAGAGGUUGAUCCUUCUCUGAAGGUGGAGUGGUAUCGAAAGGAUGGAGAUCAUAUUCAUAAGGGACUGCAGUUUGGAAAAGUACAGGGACGAGCACACAGCAUUGUUGUUGCUGAAAGAGUGGUGCUUUACUUUAUGCAGCGGAUGAGUGGAAUAGCAACCCUAACAAAAGCCAUGGCUGAUGCUGCACAUCCUGCUUGCAUUUUAGAGACAAGAAAAACUGCUCCAGGUCUACAUUUGGUGGAUAAGCACUAAUUGGUGGAGGAAGAAAUCAUAGAUUGGGUUUGUUUGAUAUGGUGUUGAUAAAAGAUAAUCACAUAUCAAUAGCUGGAGGUAUCACCAACGCUCUUAGAUCCGUUGACAGGUUGAGACUUGGACACUUCAGGAGGUUAAAGAGGCAUUGCAGUAUGCAUCUCAAACAAAGUCAUCCUUGACCUGGAUAAUGUUGGAUAAUAUGGUUGUGUCCUUUGCCAAAUGGUGAUGUUGAUGCCUCUAUGCUUAAAGAAGCUGUGGAACUGAUCAAUGGGAAAUUUGAGACUGAGGUAACUGGUGGCUUUUAAAUUUUAAUUAUCUGCCUUGUUUCUUUUAUUUGGUUUAUAUGGACUUAGAAGAGCUAUUAAUGUUGUCUGCUUUACUUGUGAAGUAUUAAGCUAGCUGACUGAUGCGAAUCAGGCAAAGAUGUAUUUGAAGCAUAUUAUUUGCUCUAUUGGCUUGGUUAUUGUGUCUUUGAAUAUAUUUGAAGCGUAUUAUCUGCUUCAAUAUUCCUGUUCUCUGGAGCCAUGCUGUCAGUCUUUUCUGUUACCUGAUGGCUUCUGGUUUGAUAGAGUUUUGGUUGCAGGCUUCCUGAUGCUAGCUACUAACCAAUAUGUUUUACUGUGACAGGCAUCAGGCAAUGUUACUCUAGAAACUGUACACAAAAUUGGACAGACUGGGGUGACCUACAUAUCUAGCGGCGCACUCACGCAUUCUGUAAAAGCACUUGAUAUCUCCCUCAAAAUUGACACUGAAUUAGCACUGCAAGUUGCAAGGAGAAUAAAACAGGCAUAAUCAUUUUCAGCAACAAUAUCCCAAUUUCACACAAAUGAGGAACAUAGAGAGCAUGGUAUUUCCCCAAUCUUCUCGUCUCUCUAAUUCUAAUUGAAAGCUUGUGCUAAUAAUGGCGUGAGGAAUUGAUUUGAUAAAAUGCCAAAUUAUAUCAUUAUGAUACAACUGUAUACAUAAGAAAACUCUUGGUAAAGUUGUGGGGAUGAAGUUCAAUUU